GUUUUUCCGGUUUUUGAAUUCCGCUGACCUCAACAUUGCUCACACGAUGAUUCUACAAAGACACCUGUGAUGAAAACUCAGUAACCGCUUCAUGUCGUCUACUUUUAGCGGUUGUGUCACAGGUGCACAACAGCACAGAACGGUUUCAUUACUAUAAUUUCACAGAUCACCUUUCUUUCAGAUUCUGUUCAUUCCAAUCAUCUGUUGUAAAUGAUAAAUGCCGGCAAAGCGUAUUAUUCCAUGGAAAAUACCUGACUGGCUUUUGAAUGAUACUUUAUUAAAUCAAUCUAUUUCAGAAUGUUUACCAGUUCAUUAUAACUUUGAAUUGCAUAAAACUAUAUGGCGAAUAUAUUGUCUUCAAGCUAAAAAAGUUGCCUUACAAAUGCCAGAAGGUUUACUAUUGUUUGCUAUACCAAUAGCUGAAAUUAUUCGAAACUAUUUCAGUCAUACUAAUCAUACUUUGAAAUUGGAUUCUACUAAUAUUAUUUCUGCUAAUAAUGAGAAUAUGAAAGAUAUUGAUAUUAUAAUUUUGGGUGAUGUUACUUAUGGAGCUUGUUGUAUAGAAGAUUUAACUGCGAAAGCUCUCAAUGUUGACCUAUUAGUACACUAUGGUCAUAGCUGUUUGAUACCAAUAGAUACAAUUUCUGUUCUCUACAUAUUUGUUGAUAUUCAAAUUGAUAUAAUCCACUUCAUAGAAAGUGUACAAGCUAACUUUGAAAAAUCUUCUCGUUUAGCUUUUGUUUCUACAAUUCAAUUUGUAACCAGUUUACAGGCUGUUAAACAACCACUAUUAGAUGCUGGUUAUACUGUUGUUAUCCCUCAGUGUUUACCGUUAUCACCAGGUGAAAUACUUGGAUGUACAUCACCUAAGGUGGAAGGUGUUGAUGCUUUAAUAUAUCUGGGUGAUGGUCGUUUCCACUUAGAAUCGAUUAUGAUAUCGAAUCCAUUGUUAACUGCUUAUCGUUAUGAUCCAUAUGAUAAAUCAUUUACACGUGAAUAUUAUGAUCAUAAAGAAAUGCGUAAACAUCGAAAAGCGGCUAUUGAUAUCGCUAAGACUGCUGUCAAUUUUGGUAUUAUAUUAGGUACAUUAGGUAGGCAGGGAUCACCAGCUGUUGUGAAAAAACUUCAAGCAGAACUAGAGAAAUCAGGUAAAACAUAUAUCAUAUUACUGCUAUCUGAGAUACUUCCAAGUAAAUUGGCUCUUUUCGAUGAACAAGUCGAUGUCUGGAUUCAGGUUGCAUGUCCUCGUCUUAGUAUUGAUUGGGGUGUUGAAUUCACUAAACCUUUGCUUACACCUUAUGAAGCAUUUGUUGCCUUAAAUGAACAAAUUCAUUGGUCUAAUGAUUUAUCACAAGCCUAUCCAAUGGAUUAUUAUGCUAAUCAAAGUUUAGGACCAUGGACACCAAAUCAUAAGUUGAAUAAAAUGGAUAUAUAUCGAAAAUAAUUACUCAGAGAAAUGUGUAACAUAUGAAAGGCAUAGAUGUAAAUACAAUUUUUGUCAAUGAAUAAAUCAAUUUAUUAUUACUAGGAGUGUGCUAUCCCUUGGUAUAGUUUUUAUGGAUGAAAUCAUGGAUUGAAAUCAUUUGGAGAUGAUGUAUUGAACACCUUGAACUAUUCAAUGGCUGUUUCACAUCCCGUCAAUGAUGGAUCGUGGCUAGGAUGCGCAUUUCAUCCUUUUUGGAAUUCAUCUGUCAGCUGGAUGUACCUGCUUCCCAGUGAGUGUUGUCCCCAGCGGGAUUCGGACUCGGGAGUGAUCGCUUCAAACACUACAGCGCGUUAUCUAUUACUGUUUACAAAAAUGUGAUGUUUGCUUGUGAGCACGUUACUCUUUAUACACUGUGUUGAAAAUCUCAUCGUCUAUGGUUUCUCUAUUCAGGAUGAAACGACUACCC